AUGCUAUUGGAGAUUAUUAUCCUACUGUUGAGUGCCAUAUUUAUAUUUAACUGGUGGGCUCAUGGCUAUUGGAAAAAGAGGAACGUCUUUUCUAUACCAACAGAAUUUCUAUUCGGGAAUACGAGAGAAUUAGUAAUGGGACAAACUUUAAUGGCUCUCAUGUUUGAAGAUAUUUACAAAAAAUACAAGAAACAUAGAAUGAUUGGUUUCUAUUGUUUUUAUAAGCCGAUGUUGUUUAUCACUGAUCCAGAUAUUGUCAAAAAGAUUUUUGUGACGGAGUUCAACAACUUCAGUAACAAUGGUUUUACAUUGAGCAAGGAAGUAGACCCACUGUUGGGAUUUAACCCCUUUACAGCUAAGAACAGUAUUCUAUGGAAGGAAUUGAGAAGUAUUCAAGCUUUAAAUCAGACUCCAUUGAAAUUAAGAGAAGUGGUCUCCAGCUUGGCCAAAAUAGGAGAGUUCAUGUAUGACUUCAUUAAGAAUCAGAAAGGCGAAUCUGUUGCGGUAUUGGACCUUACAACCCGUGCUGCAAUUGAUUCAGCUGUUCUCCAUGGAUUUGGAAUAGAACCGAAGUCAUUCACAGAUUCAGAAUUCGGUUUUAUGAAACAUGCUAGUGGCGAUAAGUUUUUUGAAACUAGCAGUUGGAACAUAUUUGCUGCCUUAUUUUUUCCCUCACUUAACAAAUUACAUAAUUUCAGAAUUACUUCAAAGGAGGCAGAAGAUUUUUUCAAAUGCGUGACCAAAACAAAUAUUGAUCACCGACAGAGUGCUAACAUAACACGAGGCGAUAUCGUCGAUACGAUUAUUAAGUUAAAUAAAAAGAAGUUGGAACAAACCAAUAAAGCUUACACUGACUUAGAAAUGACUGCUCAUUGCGCAACUUUUUAUCUCGAUGCUACAGUGACAGCUUCAAUGGUGUUAGCAUUCUUCCUGCUAGAAUUAGCGAACCACAUAGACGUCCAAGAAAAACUCAGAAGUGAAAUCAAGUCAGUUGGAAACAAACCGGAAGAUUUUGAUUAUGACAAAAUAAAUUCAAUCCCCUAUCUUCAAAUGGUGCUUGAUGAAACACUUAGAAUGCAUACUCCAUUAACAGUGAUGUCCCGUAUAUGUACUAGGGAUACCGUAUUAGAAGAUGUUAAAAUUUGCAAGGGAACUAGAAUAUUUAUUUCAUCUAUUGCUCUUCAUAACGAUCCAGAAUAUUUUCCUGAUCCCGAAAAAUUUGAACCGGAGAGGUUUUCCGAAAGUAAUAAGGAGUUAAUGACUAAGUACACAUUUUUGCCCUUCGGCGAAGGGCCGCGUAUCUGUGUUGGCAUGAAGUACGCUACUAUCUUUGUGAAGACGAUAAUUGCAUUUAUUCUGCUUAAGUACAGAAUAUUACCAUCGGGAGAUAAAAAUACAAGCCUAAACGAAUACGAUAGUUUCCUGUUGAUCGUUAAACCAGAUGCUGCAGUCAAAUUGGAAGAGUUAUAA